UGUGCCCAAAUAUAGCAUAUUGAGAAAGAUGCAUUAGGAAGUUUUUUAAAGAGAUUUUCUGAUAGAUAACAUCUUAAAUUCGCAGAUAGUUGCAUAAUCUUCAAAUAUGUGUUUAAAUAUUCACGUUGUGAAAAAAAGUGGCUGUGAACCCGGAAAUAUUUUUCAGUCCGUAGUGUUGAAUAUGUCAGAAACCCACCAGUAGAGUAAAUACUUACCUAUACUAUUUGCCAUGGCAACAGAAAUGAUGAUGGACUCUAGUGAUUUAGCAACUUCUGAUUCACCGAAGCAUAAACAACCAACAGCACCCAGAUCCUGGGACAUGCUACGUCAUGAUAUCAAGCAGAAAAGAAAACUUUUGUUGACACUAGCCAGCAGAGUACCCAGUAGCUUCACCUUUAGAACUGUGGACACUCAACUUGGACCCCAUACCCGACUUUAUUUCCUGGGAAUUCCACAGAAUUGUAGAGAGAACACGCUUUUAUAUGUAGAUAUACCAAAGGCAACAACAGAAAUUGUCCCAGGAUUGCAAUGGAAAAAUCUUCUUGAUUCUUUCCAGGCAUCUUUAAGUAAUGGUCAACUUUCCAGAGAAGAGCAGUUGUUACGUGAAAGAAAAAGACUAGGAACAUAUGGUGUAACAUCAUAUGACAUGUCUGAUGGGAAGUUUGUAUUCCCAGCAUGCAAUAGUCUGUUUACAUGUAUAGAUUCAAAUGUAUUGUCAGAAGAAACAGUAUUACCAUUAUUUAUCAAUACCAGCACGACAGGAGCCAGGCUAGAUCCUAAACUGUGUCCUAAGAAUACUGACUUAGUAGCUUUUGUACAUUGUAAUGAUAUUUGGGUGACUAACACAGUUACACAUCAAGAAUGCCGACUUACAUUUGCACACAAAGGUUUAAGUAGUCUGUCUGCUGACCCUAUGACAGCAGGUGUUCCAUCCUUUGUUGUGCAGGAAGAGUUUGACAGGUAUACAGGUUAUUGGUGGGAACCAGAUACCAAAAAAUCAAACCAUUAUAGAAUUUUAUAUGAGGAAGUUGAUGAAUCAGAAGUAGAAAUUCUCAGUAUUUUCUCUCCAUCUGAUGUCAAAGGUGUUGAUGAAUACAGGUAUCCCAGGGCAGGUACUAUUAAUGCCAGGAGUUCAUUAAAACUAGUGGAGUUUGUAAUUGGAGAAGAUGAUCAGAUACAAGAUAAUAUUAUAGAAAAACAGUUAUAUGAACCAUUAUGUACAUUCUUCCCAUGGAUGGAGUACAUAGUAAGGACAGGCUGGACACCUGAUUGUAAAUAUGUAUAUGCACAGUUGAUGAAUCGUCCACAGAUGCGUCUUUCGUUAAUUCUCAUUCCUAUGGAAUGUUUUAUUCCUGUUGCCAUGGAUACAGAUGUUGAGAUGUCAGACUAUGACUACAACAUGAACUAUCCCCCUUUACAAGUGAUAUAUGAAGAUUUUUCGGAUGUUUGGGUUAAUGUCCAUGAUAAUCUUCACUUUUUACCAUCCCAGAGUUGUUCAGAAGUAAUGUUUGUUUGGUCCACUGAAAAAUCAGGGUACCGACAUUUGUACAAAGUUACCUCAAAGCUGAAAAACUGUGAUAAUUACAAAAGUGCUUUAGAUUUGAUUGAGGAUGUUUUAGAACCAGAUAUAAUAGAGGAAAUUCCCUUAACAAGUGGUGAUUGGGAGGUUAUAAAUAAACAGAUCUGGGUUGACACAGACAAGAAAGUCGUAUAUUUUAUUGGUUUAAAAGAUUCUGUAUUAGAAACACAUUUAUAUAGUGUAUCAUACGACAAUCCAAAGAAUGUAGUACGGUUGACUGAAGAAGGAUUUUCUCAUAAUAUAACCAUUAGUUCGGAUUGUAGCUAUUUUGUGACAGUUUAUAGUUCUAUACAACAAACAUCAAUGAGUAAGAUAUUCCGGCUGUGUCAUGGAAGAAGGGGAAUUGUUUACACAGAAACUCUUGGCACUCUGAUGUUAUCAACAGCAUGCCCUGAGUAUCAGGCCCCAAAGUUGUUCAAUUUUGACAGUACUUGUGGAUACAAGUUACAUGGGCUAUAUUAUGAACCUUAUGGAUGUGAACCUGGAGAAAAGAGGCCUACUGUAGUCAUGGUGUAUGGUGGGCCUCAAGUUCAACAAGUUACAAAUGCUUUCAAAGGAGUUAGGUUUUUGCGACACCAUACCUUAGCAACGCAUGGAUACACAGUUGUAGUUAUAGAUGGACGUGGAUCCUGCCAUAGAGGACUAAAAUAUGAAAGCUACAUAAAACAUAAACUGGGAACAGUAGAAUUAGACGAUCAGAUUGAAGGCUUGCGGUACCUAGCAUCCAUUGUAGAUUUUAUAGAUUUAGACAGAGUAGCUAUUCAUGGAUGGUCUUAUGGUGGAUAUUUAUCUUUACUUGGUUUAGCCAAACAUCCAAAUGUAUUUAAAGUAGCAAUAGCAGGGGCACCAGUGGUCAGUUGGAACCUUUAUGACACGGGGUAUACAGAAAGAUAUAUGAACAUUCCUGAACAAGAAGAUGAGAAUUAUAGAGAUAGUUCUAUUUUAACUUAUGUUGACAGAUUCCCUGAUAUAGAAAACCGACUUCUGAUAAUCCAUGGUUUGAUUGAUGAGAAUGUCCAUUUUCACCAUACAAGUACACUUGUUAAUGCAUUGAUAAAGGCUUGUAAACCCUAUCAAUUACAGAUAUAUCCCAAUGAAAGACAUGGAAUACGGAACCACGAAGCGAGUGAACAUUAUAAAACCAUGAUUCUCAGCUUUCUUCAAAAUAAUUUGUAACUGUCCAUAAUCGGUCAUCAGUACUGAAUCUCAAUCUAUUGAUUUAUUGCAGAGGCAAUCAUUUAAUUUCAAAAGUGGAUUCAUUUGCAAAAUUCAAAUCCAAAGCCAAAAAUUUAUUAGUUCAUAUUGUUUGCUGAUGAAAUCAACAUGGAAAAUUUAUAAAAGAACACUGCAGAUAUCUGUUAUAGCCUGAUUUUUAUUUAUCAAUACCAGUCUAUUGAAAUAGGUGACAAUGGUGAAAUAGGCAUCAUAGAUACUAGAUAGUAUGGAAGCCAAUCUUGCUGACUGCUUGAUGAUAUAUAGUCAUAAGUUCAUAUCCUUUCAUUAGAUAUAAAAUUCCUUGAUUUUUAAGUGAAAUGAAUUUUAAAUCUCUUGUGCCCUAGAAUUUUUUAAUGCCCAUUACAAAUUGAUAUAUAAAAAUUUUAACAUGAAGUUUUAAUGUUCAUUUUUCAUUGUUUGAGGGGAAAAUUUUCAUUAGUAUAAAUGAUGACUUCAUUAGCUUAUUAAUAGUAAUAAUACAGUACUGUAGAGAAUUGAAAAUAGAGUUAGUUAUCUAUGAUUUCACUGCAGUCAAAAACAAUGAAAUUAAGAGAAUAAAUCCUCAUAGAAUCAUUUGAUACAGAAAGCAUAAAACAAAAGCUGUUAUAUACAUAAGGGAACUAUAAAAAUCAACAGAACAUUCAAACUUUAAUAUAAACCGUUCCAAGAAGACUUUUUUUAAAUCUACUCUAUUUUUUCAUGUAAUGAUAUUUUAAUGAAAAGCUCAAAUUUCAUUACUCUAGCCUCAUUUUUUAGCAAUUUGUAUGUUACAAAUAUGAGUAUAAAUAAAAAUUACAUUUUGAAGUAAUUUAUAUUCAAUCGAAGGUGCAUUUAAUAAGCAAUAAGCAAAACUUUUAAAUUGGAUUAAUCUCUUUUAGUUUAAUAUAUGUACUGUUUUAAGUAUGUAAAUAUUACUAUCAAUGCAUACUUGGUUAAUAGUAUUUUCUAUUAUAACAAACCAAGUCUCUGAGGUAAAAUAAAACCAAAAUACGCACCACAUAAAUUAAUCUUCUUCAUAUAUUUUUAGCAAAAUAAGAAAAUGCUAAUAGUAAAUAUAUAAAACUCAAAACCAUUAACUAAUAACUUAUUUUAACUGGCAAUCAUUUGUUUCAAGAAGUGCUUAAUUCAUUGCAUAUAAGAGGUAGACCUUGGUUAUUAAUGGAGAAAAUUCUUUAAAUCUGUAAGGCGUUUGUUAUUUUGACCUAAGUAUACCUCCUAACCAGACUGCUUACUGUGUAUAAUGUGGCAUUUUGUAGGUAUAUACUGUGAACUAUUACUGUGAUAUUUGUUGAUAUACUUGCAUGAAUUGUCAUUUAUUUUAAUGAAUGAUGUUUUAAUAAAACUGUUAUCUG